CCGUCCUUAGCCUGUCUGCGCGGAGCCGCCUUCGUGGCGAAGCCCCAUCGCGCCGUGCACUGCGUGCGCCAUCGCGGCCUCGCCUCCGCCGUCGCCGCCUUUAAAUCCGCCAGCGUCACAACUUGAGACACCCGAAUAAGCCUACGAUCCUCUCUCUCUCUCUCUACCUGCCUGUUUGCCUUUCUCUCAGCCGUCAGCUCCUCCGCCGCCGUUCGAGCCUCGCCUCGCUGCUGAGCCGUGAGAGUCGCCGAGAGUCGCGGAACGAGGGACCCGCCUCGGGGAACCCGCGGGGUCCGUGACGCCACAGACCCCGCGCAGGGGUUCAUGCUGGCGCUCAGCCCCGCAGACGCUAGCAUGGAGCAAGGAUUCCUCCCCCCGUCGUCUCACGCCAGGAUGCCGAGAGACGGCUGCGCUCUCUCCCCGGGGCCACCGCUCGCGCCCUGGGCCUCGGGCCCCCCUGCGUCCCCCCACCAACUCGCGGCCUCCAGCAUGGGGGGCUCCGGGGGGCUGUACGCGGGAAAAAAGCGCAAGAAACCCGUGAUACGAAGCCCCAAGGCGGAAGUGGUGGUGCCCAAGAAGACGAAUCCUUCCAAGCGGCACCGGGACCGCCUCAACGCGGAGAUGGAGCGCCUGGCCGGGAUGUUGCCCUUCCCUCCGGACGUCAUCUCCAAGCUGGACAAGCUCUCCAUCCUGAGGCUCAGCGUCAGCUUCCUGCGGACCAAGAGCUUCUUCGGCGCCGUGAACCACAAGCGCCACCUAAGCAACGGGAUUGCCGUCUACGGGGUCCCGAGCAGCCGCGUGGACGUGCCUGCGGCGUUCCCCGAGGGGGAGAUGCUCCUGCAGGCGCUGCACGGCUUUGCGUUGGUGGUGACCGCGGAGGGGCUUGUCUUCUACACGUCCCACACCAUCCAGGAGUACCUCGGCUUCCACCAGUGCGACGUGGUCCACCAGAGCGUGUACGAGCUCGUCCACACGGAGGACCGCGGCGAGUUCCGCCGCCAGCUGCACUGGGCGCUCAACCCUGCGUCCACGCAGGGCGCCCGUGGCGGCGGCGGCGACGGCGGCCAAGGAGACGGGCGCGCGGCCGUGGAGCAAGGUCUGGGCACGGUCACCACGUUCCACCCGCAGCAGCUCCCGCCCGAGAACUCCUCCUUCCUGGAGCGCCAGUUCAUGUGUCGCUUCCGCUGCCUGCUGGACAACUCGUCCGGCUUUCUGGCGCUGCUGAUCCAGGGCCGGCUCAAGCUGCUGCACGGGCAGAACCAGCGGGGGCUCGACGGCUCGCCGACUCCGCCGCAGCUGGCGCUGUUCGGCGUGGCGACGCCGCUGCAGCCGCCGUCCAUCCUGGAGAUCCGCACGCGCAACAUCAUAUUCCGCACCAAGCACAAGCUCGACUUCACGCCGACGGGCUGCGACGCCAAGGGCCGGAUCGUGCUGGGCUACAGCGAGAUGGAGCUGUGCAUGCGUGGCACGGGCUACCAGUUCAUCCACGCCGGGGACAUGCUCUACUGCGCUGACAACCACGUCCGAAUGAUGAAGACCGGUGAGAGUGGGUUCACCAUCUUCCGGCUGCUGACGAAAGACAACGGCUGGGCCUGGGUGCAAGCCAACGCCCGUCUCGUCUACAAGGGCAACCGCCCCGACUACAUCAUCGCCACGCAAAGGCCGCUCAGCGACGAGGAGGGAGAGGAGCACCUGCGCAAGCGCGCCACGCAGUUCCCGUUCACGUUCACCACGGGCGAGGCCCUGCUCUACAACACGGACGUCUUCCAGCCGCCGAUGGGGGACCCCAGCCUCGGCGGCGGUGGCGGCGGUGGCAGCGAUGGUUAUGCAGGAACGGAACAGACAGCGGCGGCGGCGGUGGGGGGGGAGAGUCAAGCGGCCGGAGGCAGGGGCGGCGGGAAGUCGUGGCCCAUGGACCCCAGCUCACUGAUGGCCGCGCUGAUGUUGCAGAACCAGUCGGUGUACGUGCGCACGGCGGCCUCCAGCGAGGACCGCCUCCCGUCGUACACGUUCAACGACGCCUCGUGGCUCGCGCCGAGCAGCGUCGCCGCCGGCGGCUCGGUGUGCCGCCGCGGUGGCGAUGACGACUUCAAUCGGAGCCUGGGCCGGAUCAAGCUGGAGGAGCACGACGGCGGCAGGGCGGGGGCGCCGUUGACGCCGUACUCCGGUGCGAGCACCAGGGACGAGCUGACCGACAUCUUGGAUACGCUCGGAGUGAACGUCAACGACAUCGAGCUGGUGGAGGAGGAGCGGCAGCUGAUCAUGGGUGACAUGGAGAUGUCGUCGCACCUGGGCAACAUCCUCUCCAACGACGACAUCAUCUCCUUUGUGGAGGACCUGCUCAAGAAGCCCGACUGCUGCGUCGCGCCAGGUCCCGACCGCGCAGCGUCGCAGCUGCCCAACCCGAACGCCGGCGCCGUGGGUCCAGAGCCGUCCGGAGCGCAGCUCGGUUUCCCGAGCCCGCCUUUCGCUCACGGCUUUGAAUUCUACAGCGGCCGCGAGACGGCGCAGAACUGCGUGCAGAAAGCGCCAAUGUCGAGGCCAAAGCAGGCAGCGAUGUCGGAGGGCAGCGACAUUCGCAACGGCUUCCUGGCGCAGAACUUCUUCGACGGGGCAAACGGCAGGGCCGUCGUAGUUUCACAGGGCACGUCAAACGUCCCGGCACUCGGCCUGCCCAAGCAGGGCACGCCUCGCGGCGGUGCCGGACAGUGGAACGCGAAUGUUGUGUCGGCCCAUGACAUGGCACACGCCCGCUCGGGGUACGUGGAUGGUCAGCUGGCACUCGGAAGCAAAUUGCAAAACUGGAGCCCGACGAUGCAACCGGGUUGGGACUGCGCGAACGUCACGCAAGACCAGAUGCAAAUGCCUGGCGUUGUGGGACAGUGCGGGGUCACCGGGCCGGCCCUCGUGAACAACGCUCACGGCCACGGCACGAUGGAUGGCAGCGCGUGUCAGGGCCCUUUCGCCGGUUUGCCGAGCCACGGCUACGCGGGAGGGGUCCUGGACUUUGGUGCCGACCCUGUGGCGUCUUUUCCGCCCCCUUGCCAGGGCCCGGUGUCUGCCGGAUUGAUGCAGAACGGCCGCUCUGACCGCGGCUGGCCCGCCGCCGCCGCUCACGUGCGGCAGCACGCGACGGUCACGGGCGCCGGCAUCGGCACGUGCUUGGCUUCCGCGGGGAACGGGGACCCGUGGAACGCGGCGCCGGUGCCACCGUACACACCGAUGGAGGUGGAAGGCAUGAACCCCCCGCAGUACUCGGCCUGCGUCUCUCAGAUGCACGUGGCGCCCGUGGGCAGUGGCGUGGCCGGCCUCCACCCGGACCUCGCCGCCCACUUCCACCAGCAGCCGGCGCUUACACAGCCGGUGGUGACGACCUUCGACCUGAGGAGCAACCUCGUGUCCUGCCACCCGAGCGGCGCUCAUGGCCACGAGGCUUUCCUGGGAGGCCCAGAGGUUCUGCCUUCCUUUCCCGACAUCCUGCGAACGGGCCAAUACAGCUGAGCGACGGCACGCGAGCUCCAUCACAACGAGCCGGAGACUUCGUUGAACAGCUUCUCUGUCUUGAUGUGGUUUGUGGAAGUACCAAUGUGGCCGAAAAGGAGACAUUUGACUUCACAUUAACGCAAGUCUACGUGUACGCAUGUUAUAUUUUAUCCGCUUUAUAUCGACUUGAAUCCAGCCACAUGACCCAGUGGUUUAUACCCUGAGCUCCGCUUGCAGUCAGAAGGUUGUGAAUUUGAAUCCCGAUCAUGGGGGUUGGAUGCCAGUCCAUCAUCCCUCUACGGUCGGGAAAAAGAAGUAUCACUUUGCGGAUAGUUCAACAGUGGUGGAUUUCCUCUGGAAAUACUCAGCUCUGCGUGGUAAGAAUGUGGACUUUGCACCAAUGGAAAUGAGUGAGGCUCCAUGCUCAUGCUCUUGACUUUUGCCCGUGUCAGUGGUGGCUGAAGAUAAGAAGUGUUGUUUAGGUCUUCUGCUGGUCCUGUGAUAUGUAGAGAUAGGAGAGGCUGCAUCACAAUCCUUGUUCGAGCUUUGAUGAUGACUUCACCAGACUCCACUGGGAGGGCAGACAGUUAUUGAGUUAUUUUUUGAGCGAUAAUGCACUUACAUGUGGCAGUCCCGAGAGGUUUUCAAGCAGACAUCAUUACAUCAUAAAUGCAAUACUCGUAAAUCCCUGCCAAUGCGCAAUUAAUGGCCCAGGCCUUGCAAAACCAGAUACGAAAAUUGGCGAAAAACCACGAACAUCCACAUUGCAUAUACGACACAAAGCCUAUCUGUUUUGAUAAAAGUGCUAAGUGGUAGAAACACAGAAGAGAUAAUCUUUGACACUGUUUACCCCACGCCGUGGCGUAACAGAGGUGCUGCAAAACAAGCAGAUGCCUCGUUUAUGGGCGCACGGAGCGAGCGCGCACAGUCACGAGGCUCGCCACCGUCGACGGUAAAUUGCAAGGGCGGGUGGAAGUGCGGUAGGGUGCAGCGGGCAGUGGUGUGGCGAUUGAGUGUGCCGCUGGUGCCAUUUCACCGAGACCUAUGGUCAGGAGGGGCCCAGGGACAGGGCUGGGGGGGGGGGGUGCAGGGAUUAGGGGUGGAAAUUGAACAGGGGUGGUUCCAUUUCAUUGCUUGCGCCAGGACUCAUGCUAAGCGCACUACGCCAAAGAUCGUGAGGCGAGCGAGGCGAGCGGAACGGUGAGCGCAGGCGAAUGAAGGUGAUCGUGGGAGCUGUGCCCAAUUGUGGCUCGCCGUUGAACUGUGAAGGUCCGUUUUGUUCCGUUUCUUUUUUUUUCGACUCUUGCGAGGCUGUGGUUUGCUGGGCCGCAGGAGCAGCAGGAGGAGGCAGUCUCGUGGCUAUCGAGCGUGCAGGCUUGUGCCAGCGCACUGCUGUGCCACUGGCAGGGGCCUACCUCAGAGGUGGACUCGCGCUUGUGAACAUCCGGGCCCUCGUCAAACACAGGGCUGCGCCAGAGAAAUCUACGUAAAAACAGUCGAAUUUGAACGUCUUCUGUCGUGAAAUUCACGUGUGGUCUCAUUGGCUUGUAGCUCAGACUCACAGUGACACGCAUGCCUUCCAAAGCCGACAGUUAUUGAUAUUAUUUUCACAUCAUGAUCGAGUGUUGGAUUUAAAUCCACUGUUGUUCCACAACAGAGCUCACAUUUGGCGCAACCAUUGUCACGUCUGUGGGCCCCCUAAACUCACGACAAAGAGGCUUAUUGUUUUCACUUAUCGGGGAGCAUGCUCGGCCUAGAGUUUUAAAUGGUCUAAAGUUUAGUGCUGAGAGUUAAAAAAUAUCCGAUCGACUAUGACACUAACUAACAGUGACUACUUCAAGAUAAGCACUGCAAGUUGGUGUUAUUUCAGCAGAACCGUAAAUAUAUAAUAAGGUUAAUUAAUCACAGGUCUCAAAUUGUGAUAUUCCUCGUUGAAAUUGGACUGGAAUUUUGUCACCAAUGUAAUUCAGAAAAAUAACUCUGAAAGAGACGCGGUUUACAGUUACUGCACUGUUUUAAGAUUUUAUCGAUGGGGAUUUUUAUUUCUGGAAGAAGAAAAAAAAACACAAAAAUUACAUUUAUAUAUAUUUUUUAUCGUAAUUGCUUGCCUGGUAAAGCAAAUAUCUGCAUUCAAAUGCAGAUGGUGAAAUGAAAACCAUUCAAUGAAGUUCCAUAUGUUUUAACUUACAAAGUGAACAAUAUUAAAACCAAUAAACCGGCCGUUUUCAGAUCCGACUCAGUCCGCUGUCACAAACACAGAAAUGCUGAGUUGAGAUACAUGCCUUGGCAUAGCAUCAGAUGGUGCCUUUAAGCGACCCUCCGCAACAAUUAUGUUGGUAUCGAAAUCCAAAUGUACAUUUUAAGUUAAGCCAGAAACCUUCCCCAAGUGUAGGAGAGCUCUGUUGUGUAGUUUUAGCUGCCUAGAAAGUGCCUUCAUUUGUGCGCGUGUGUGUGUGUAGCGGUUAACGCACUGCGCUACGAACCUGGCGACCCAGGUUCGAUUCCCGCUCACGGUCAACACCAGUUACGAUUAUCUGAACCGGUCCUGGGCCUCCCCUAGGUCGACUCAGCCUCAAAUGAGUAGCUGGUGCAGUGUGUAAACAUCGCCACUGGGGAGACAAAGGAGGCCGGUUGUGUUGUGCCGGCCACCAACUCCUCCGUGUGCCGUGCAGGCCUUCAUAGUGCUCGCUAACAGCACUUGCCCCAACAGUCUGUUUAGGCUUCAGGGGGGAUAUUUGUCUUUGGUUACAGCUUGCGAACCGCAUUUGAACUUUGAAGCGACGUGUGACAUUAACUGUUGAGACGCACAAAACCGCAAGGGCUUGCCGCAGCAUUCGUCAGCGACACUGCUUAUCGCGGAAACAAAUAUUUCAUGGGCUAACGCGUCGGUCAGUCAGUCGGUGAAGGAGAGUUGAAGAAAAUUGUCAUUGUGCAAAGCAUCAGCUUCAUAUGUAUAAUUUCUAUUGUAACGCAGUUGUGAUGACUAAACGUGGCGAGUUAGUGCUUGUGUACCCCUGUCAACUUGGUCAUGCAUUCUGUUUAGCUUCUUGGCCACGACCGAUUAGCACGGUUGGCUAGGUAUGGUGCGAAAAAAGUUCAACAUACACACUAAAAGAAACUGUCCCACGGAGCACGAACUCCCCUCCUCCACCCCCCCCCCCCCAUAUGGGCCUCAGAUUUAUUUUUGAAGAAACUUUUCGCUCGCAAAAUUUCAGCUGAAAGGAAUACCCGACUCAAAAACACAGGUACCAACGCCGUGUGUUACGGGAGGGUGCCACAGUAGCGAGAUGUUAACCGCCUCGUCUGGUAUACAUGAGGUCGUGGGUUCGAUCUCGAUCUCGACCCUGACACCUGCUGUAUAUUUGGAGUAUGCAUGUUCUCCCCGUGGUCACGUGGAUUUUUCUCCGGAUCCUCAGGUUUUUCCUUCCGCAUUUAGAAACUUACAUUUCAGAGUAUGUGGCUGCUAUAGAUUUCCAUGUGAUAAGCCAUUUCGUUGAGCUAUCAUUUGUGGCCUGGUCGCUUCUGAAAAACAGCUAUAUAGCUCAGUGGGCCUUACCUGGUCAAAUAACAAUCUAGAAUAGUUUAGUAUAAAACGAUCCAUGUGUUGAUUAAAGACGGUUUGUCAAUUUCAUAAAAAAAUCCAGUUUUUUUUUCAAUUUAGAAGUCGGCAAAUCAAUCUUCACCUCUCUUUGCUCUCAAAGCAGGGCCAUUACCCAAAACGUCAGCCGAUAAUUUUAUGUUUGUGUAAUGAGGCAGGGUAAGUGUUAAUAAGUAACGUGAGUCUCUGUGAGCUUGAAGCUUCCUUCACGUGAAACUCACUUUGAAUAGUUUUACUUUCAGGAGUGCAAUAUCAUCCCCCACUGACACACCUGCUGUGGUGUUUUCAAAAAUGCAAGACUCAGACCACAAUGACGGUAAUAACACUUUAAUUUUAUGUCGCGUCAUGCAUGCCAAUGGCAUCCCUAUAACGCUGUACAUUCAUGAUAUGAGGACUAAAUCCACGACCGAGCGAAUGAAACCCCUACGACGAAGCAAAAAUCUAAAAUAAAUAAACAAAUGAAUAAAUUUCGCCAAAGCAAAAAGCGCCAACAACAAGAAAGUUACCACAGCAGAUGAACGAGUCCACGAGGUCUACCACCACACAUCCCCCGGCACAGUACCAACUUCCCAGCCAAGCCAGGAAACAUUCACAGGAGUGGCCAAAAAGUUGCGGCUCAUUUAUACCAAUCGCUCCAAUGUCCAAAAAUGGAUUGCCAAUAAAAAAAGGCCUUUAGUUCAGAUUUGAAUAAUACUGUGAUGGAGUUGAUGUGUCGGAUUGGGAGUGGGAGGGUAUUCCAGACAUCACGAGCAAUGCAAUGAGCACUCCGCAAAGUCAUUUAAAGUAUUUUUUCUCUCAACACCGCAGCUUCAAACUCUCCUCAGACGGGCCUGGAGGAACACAGCCUAAAAACUCGUCUGUGAAAUUAUAGAUAUUUGUUUUCUCGAGGUUGCAGAGUUCGUACCAAUGUCCGUUAACAGCCUGCUAAUGAUCACUUAUAUAUGUAAUUAAGCUUGUUUACCAAGGACAGCCCUUACUGAGUCUCUGAUUGGCACGGUUAGCUACGUACGGUGCGUAAGAAGUUCAACAUACACACGUACAUACGUGCCUCUUAAAUCACCUGCCGGUGCACGCAUGUGAAACGACUGCUCCGCAAGUCUCGACCGUCGUCACACGUGGCCCACUGCCCCCCCUACCCCCCUGCCCCUCCCCCUUGCUCUUUCCCGUAACAAAAAACACGGGAGGGCUUCCCCAGUCGCCUGUGGAGAAGGGGACACGGGGGCGAUGGAGGGGUUCGUCGAGCUGGGCUGAACAUUUACAUCAACAACAAAAAACUGCCAUUGUCAAUGCAUUUUCUUCGUGACUGUCCCGUGAAAAAAAAAACAAUCCUUUGUUGGCAUCCUUAGCCUGAUAAGAAUUUUAAAUGCACUAUGAAUGCUUUUUAUGUAUUUUUAUAAUGUGACGUUGCUUUCCGCGCUCUUUUCGUAGUCUUACACAUGCAUUAAGCCACAUUUAUGUGUUGUAAAGCCCACAGCUCUUUUCAAAAGAAAUGUCGACUCAGUAUUAAAACGUGUGCAUAUAUACCG